UCACAGAGAUACAGUCAGAGAGCUGCAGUGGGCUCAGAGUGCAGUUUUUCAGCCGCCCCGGUACUCAGCUGUGCUCCGUCUCUGAUGAAACUUGAAGUGGCAUCUCUGAACUCACCACUAUUUGGAUUUUUGGACUCUGUCAUCUGAUUUUUUGGGAAAAGCAACUUUUCCCUCAACUUUUCUCGUGAAGAGCCAUAUUUUAUUUUAUUUUUGUUUCAGCGUGAGCCUUCUGGAGUCCUAACAACAGCUACAUUGACUCAGAGGUGGGGUAAAGUUUGGGGUCUGUCCUCUUGAGUGUCUGCAUCGGCACAGUUUUUUGUCUGGAUGCCCCAGGAUUAUCCUCAAGCUGCAGCUCAUCCUCCAGCCUGUAGGGCGGCAGUAGAGAGCAACAGCCGGCCACUGGACAGGCGGAGCGUCGGAAUGAGCGACUUCUGGCACAAGAUGGGUUGCUGUGUUGUGGCCAAACCCCCACCGAAGAAGAAGAGGAGGAAGAUUGAUCCCAGUAUGAUCGGAGAGCCAACAAACUUCGUCCACCUCACGCACAUCGGCUCUGGAGAGAUGGCAGACGGCAUGCAGCCGGUGAGACACCACACCUUCUGGGUCAGUUCAGGAACAGAUGAGAUCAAAAGGCCCAAACGCGAAUGGGAGAAACAGCCUGUUAUAGCCGGAAUGUAUUGAAUUGACCCAGACCAGCUGACUGACCUCCAUCGCACUAAAGAAACCUCUGAGCCUCUUCUCCAACAUCCAGUCAACAACCAAAGGCUUUGACACCCUUCUCGCCCUGCUGAAGUGUCCUUGAGCAACGGCCAUUAAAGAACCACCUUUUGCAGGUUUUUGGUUUUUUUCAAGCGUGCAAAAUUUACUCAGUGGAUUAAUUUUAGGAUUCCAACACAAGUGAAUUUUCUGAUUGAUUCAACCUGCUGCUUUAGAUAUCAUCAAGACAAAGACUUUUGUGAACACCUCUCACCGGCCUAUACUUUCAUGUUUUACUAGAAAAAACACACCAAGAAGGACAAUUGAGGAUGAAAGGUUAUCAGCUAGCAUCGGAGAAGUCAAGCGUGUUGUUCACGUGUUUCCUAAUAGAGGGAAGAGCAAAGAGGUCCCCAUAUCAGUAUUAAAUUAAUUCAACCAAUAGCACCACUGGACUCCAUCUCCCAUCAUCUCUUACCCUUUACGAUAAGCAGUCAAUGACAGAAAGUCUGUAUCAACAAAAGAUCAUUUUUAAAAGUUUCAUUUCCACAAAUUGAUGUAAGGACAACUAUUUCCAACAUUCACAGAUCGUCUGCUGGUCGGGAGUGCAGGACGUCAACUUGCCGAUGCCUCAUUGUGCUAAAUUUGCUCCUGGUAUGGAGCUCCUGAGAGAUUGUUGUGCUUUUGUUUGGUCAGGGGGUUUGUCUAUUUUCCGACCCUUACUUGCUCUGGGGUCGCAUGACCACAGUGAUGACAUCACUGGACUUCAUCUCUUAGGAGGCCUGUCAGGCCAUCCUCACUGCUGGUGCUCCAUGAUGACAGACUCUUGUUUUAAGAGAUGGGAAAGUCCCACAAAUCCCUGCUACACUGGACCGGACUGUUCAUGUGUGUGUGUGUGUGUGUCUGUAUAUGUGUGUGUGUGUGUGCUUCCACAGUUGUCUUUUUGGUGACCAACAUCAGUUUUUGACC